GAUUUCACCAGAUUUCACAGACGAUCAAUUUUACCAAAUUCGUUUACUAUUUCACAGACUCAUAGCUCGUAUUUACCCAUACCUACAGCUCCACAGUGAUAGACGACUUCUCAGGAAUUAUGUCUGAACUAAUUAAUAAAUUGCACGGCGUUUAACAUUAACGUUACAUCGUCGGUGUUCAAAACUUAUUUUGAAAAUAUUAUUCAUAUCUCCAAUACAAUGUGCGCCAACCAGUUUUCUCAGCAAUUCAGCUAGCAAUUCUCGUGCUGUGUUCAAAAAGACGUUUACAGUGAGGGGCAAACUUAAAGGAAAUAGUUCACUUUCACGAAAUUAUAUUUUUUGCAAUGGAUUUAUGAUUUUUUAUGUUCAAAAUGAUCAGCAAAGAAAAUAAAACCUUUUUAUAACAAAAUAUUAUUUUCUAUAUUUUUGAUAUAGGAAGAACUUUUCAGUUUCUGUAAGGCACAGGCGAUCCAGUAUGAAAAGAGCAUGGGUCCAGAAAAUUCUUCAGAAGCUAGAGAAAUUAUCGCGGCCACCGGCAUUUGGGCGAUCUGCUCAUGCUUUUGUUACUGGAGCGCCUCUGAAGAAUUUUCUGAAUAAUUUUCUUUUGUUACUGGAGCGUUUCUGAAGAAUUUUCGGGACCCAUGCUCGUUUCAUACUGGAUGCAAAUAUAUGCAAGGCACACAACCUCAACGCAAGGCACCUUUUUCGGGACGAGAAAUAGAAUAUCUUUGCCUAGGGUGAUCGUUGGGCUGUAAAAGCUCCUGAUUUAUGCUCGUCUCAGCCCAAGCUAUGGAACUGCUAUUCCAGUUAAAAACCCAUGUUAAAAUGUGAACUAUUUCCUUUAAGAAAAACGAACUAUAGUGGCAUUGACGGCAGAAAAAAGUUACAAGUUAUGGCACCACCAGUGAGACUGUAUGAUGCUCAUUUCAUCCCCUUGCCCUCUCAGGGCAAUGUAUACAGUCUUGCUUUCUUGCAAGUGGAACGAGGGGUUACGAAGGUGCUUGUAGCAUCACUCAAAAGAAAGGUCUACUCCUUGGAGUACGUGCAGGAUGACCGUGGCUUCCUCCACCCGACCGUCAACGAGAUCCCCUUCACCUACCUGCCGGAGGGGUCCGAAAUCAUCUCCGUCGAUGCAUUCAACAAGAGUGAAAACAAAGAGGAAAUGGUGGUCGGACUGGCCAUUAUCAAAGACGUGGACCGUUCGGACGGCAAGACGUCGCAGUACCUGAACAUCUACAGCGACUGGGAACCCGAGUUUGGCGCCAGUCUGCUGGAGACGCUGGCGCAGAACUGGCGACACGUCGAGCUGGAGUUCAUACCCUAUCAGCUGCAGCACGCCGUGGUUGAGAUUAACGGCAUUCUGGAUACGUGUUUCCUGCUGAGCGGUAGUGACAAAAACAUUCACCUGUACGUGGAGGACAAGCCGAACCAGAGCUUCCGCGAGGAGCCGCUCGAGCCGCUCUUCCCAGAGUUUGCCGACCUGCCCUCCAUUGUCAUGUGGACCAACUUCUACAAGGACAUACCGGGAACGCGCAUCACGGCGCUGGCCUGCGAGUGCGGCUACGUGCGUGUCAGCGUGGUGGACCUGGCCUCUCUGAGCGUCACAUUCGCCUGGUCCGCCACCCACGAUAGUCCCAUCACCUCCGUACGUCUGUUCAGCCUCGGCACCCGGCUGCAGACGCCCGGGUUUGUGUCUGCCGUGCUCCGGGAGCCGGCGGACGCGGCUGGCGGAGGCCCAGAGUCGCUCCAUCUGCUGGUCACCAAAGCUCUGUGGCCGUCAGUGGUGUACAGUGGGCUACCUCUGGCCGAGGGGGAGCCCCCGCCGCGACGUCACACGCUGGCGGAGAGUGAUGUCAGUGAUGUGGUGACGUGUAGCUGCGUGUGUGAUAUCAACAUGGAUGGCAGAAAUGAGAUCGUGCUGGGGACGUACGGACAGGAGCUGCUGGUGUACAGCACCCAGGGCGACGAGUGGAUGCAGAUCUGGCGGUUCAGCUUCUCACAGCCGCUGCUGGCCGUCACCUACGUGGACCUCAUCGGGGACGGCAUCAACGAGCUGGUGGUGCUCACCAACCACGGCCUGCACGUACUGCAGCACGACACGCGCGAGGCGGCGGCGCUGUGCCUCCAGCGGCGACAGAAGCUCAGUGGUCUGACCGACGGAGAGCUGUCGCGUCUUCUGGACGCCGCGCUACGCCUGGCCUCGCCAGAAGCCGAGACUGCUGCGUCAGAUACCCCCGCCGGUGGGACCGCCGACCGGUCGGGUGAUACAGCGACCGAUAAGACGGGUGAUCCGGCGGGCGCGGCGGACUCCCAGACAGGUACUGUUCCGUCCUCUCCGUCCGCCCCGGACAGCGGCAGCUCGGACAGCUACCCGUCGUCGGACGAUCCGGUCACCCCGACGUUCGGUCCCUCCAUUAGCUGACAGGGCGGUGACGGGUGUGGGCUGAUGUGAUCGUGUGUCAUUCCUUGUGAGAGUAUAUAUCAGGGUUUGUAGUAUAGUAAGGCAAAUGUAUCAUUUCGCCAUAUAUCAAUGCAUUGUCACAAGAAAAAUACGAGUAGGUUAGUGGCAUACCGUCAGCCCCGACUUUCCAUUGCUUUUGUAAGAGCUUAGCAACGCAUAACAACAUUCCGAAGUGUCCCUGCAAAACAGUAACCCCCCCCCCCCCCCACACACACACACACACACACAUACACACACACACGCCGCGCACAUUACUUGCACGCCUCGAAAACGACAUCACGCACUCUGACUAACGACACACACGUAGCAUACAUGUGUCACCGCGGAAUGUCUGGGUUCGUGCCAGGUUCAGAGCUGCUGUUUCUCGGGCCCAGAACACUGCCAAUUGAAGUUUGUGUAGGUUCGGUUUUCGCUGGCGCAGUAUCGCAUUUGUCACUUCGCUUUUGCUUAGAGAUCAAACAGUUAUGUAUGAAAAAACGUGAUAGAAAUUAUUCAAGGCCAACCACACAACGAUUAUCACUAUACCGACCGAUUCGAAACAUGCUAUUGCUCAAUGAGAUAUUAGGGCUGGGCGGCGAACGGAUGGGCCUUGUUUCCAACAGAAAAGUCACUUAUCCAACCACGGUCAGUUCAGUGCUUUGUCCACAAAUUGUUAUUUAUCAACAAAAUUACAUUAAAAAGCGCUUACGCUAUCGAAUGAAUACCCAGUCGCAACAGCGGCCACGCGAGCAGCGACCACUUGACAAUGGCCGCGUUAUCAUAAUAAGGCUGGUGGUCAGGCAUUUUGUCUCGAUAAACCUCUGUACUACAAUAACAUUCAUAUAUUCUGCCGCCACCCACGACCCACUUGAAACCGGUCACACGGCCAUCGUGGCCUAUUUUUGUACUGCGUAUGAUUGUAAGCGUAUGGCUAUGUGCAUUGUGUAAUGUCUAUGUAUGUGGGGUAUUUGUGUGCACACCAUGUGUAAUGUGCGAGUGUGAACGUUGUUUUUAUGCAGAUCACACAGGUGGGCUGUGUGAUCCGGGCAUUUUCUUGUUCCAGUGAUGAAAGUGUUCAGGGCCAGUGAUAUCGGUGAUAACUGUGUUUCAGUGUUACCGCUCAUAGGGUAGAUAGCUUGAAUUUUGUGCCAUGCGGCAUGUGCAAUGAAGUUGACUGUGUUUCUGUGCUGUAUGAGGAUUGUACUUUGUAAGCAUCAUGAGUGCUCAUUGUCUCGAACGUAGCGCGUGUGAUAAGAAUUGUUUUAUACUCCACGGGCAGAAACUGGUAUACGUAUGGCUACCAUAUGUAGUUAUAUCACCCUUCUGUGUGCUGCUUGUUGUGUCAAUAAAUGACACAAUUUGAUCACAAAAAUGUGAUAUACUA